AGUCAACGAUUUUCCAAGCCUCGCAGAUCUCCAUAAACCGAAAUGAACCACAAGUAAGGAAACCAUCGGAUAAAUCGUGAAUUAUCAAUCAUCCGGCAUAUAAUUUUUGCUGUCACCAAGGAUAUUUGCUGGCCGUUUUCCGAGUUAACUAAAGAGACCAAGAAACAGGAUGUCUGCUCCCCUACAGUUCCCAUUAAAAGAUAUAGAAUUGGUCACCAACAACUUUGAUAAAGAGAAUUUCAUCGGAGAGGGGUUUCUUGGGAAGAUUUAUGAAGGACAACUCUCUCUAUCCGGAGAGUUAGUUGAUGUUGCUGUACGGAGGUUAGAUAAUAGUUUUAGGCUACAAGAGAUUGCGUUUGAAAAGGAGAUCUCAACUCUUACUCGAAUUGAGCAUCCAAAUGUGGUCUCAAUUGUCGGGUUUUGUUAUGAGAACGAUGAGAUGCUAAUUAUACAAAAGCGAGUUGCCCGUGGAAGUCUAAGCAGUUAUCUAAGUGACCCCAGACUUACAUGGAUGAGAAGAUUGCAGAUAAGCGUUGGGGCUGUGCGUGCGUUGAGUUACUUGCAUAAUGAUGUGGGGCACAAUUUUAGUGUCAUACAUCAUAAUAUUAACUGCAAUUCAAUCUUGUUAGAUGAAAACUGGGAAGCCAAAAUAUCUGGUUUUGAAUAUUCCAUGACAAUACCGGCGGGAGGUCUAGACCUGGCAUAUGAAAAGCUUGGAAUCGGGACCUACAAGUCCGACGUGUACUCCAUUGGUAUCGUAUUGUUUGAACUCUUGUGCGGUAGGGAAGCAUUCAUAUCGAAAGAUGAUAAAAGUUUUCAAUCUUCAUUAGCCACAUUUCACUAUAAAAACCGAAAAUUGCAUGAGUUUGUUGAUGCCGAUUUAUAUAGCCAAAUGGAUCAACUAUCAUUCAAACUCUUCUCGAAAAUAGCGUAUACAUGCCUGAUCGAUCAAAGAGCACCACCAACGAUGAACGACGUCCUCAAAAGACUUGAGAGAGCAUUGAAAGUUCAAAAGACGCAGGACAAUAAUGAUCACUCAAAAGUUGCAGUUGAACGUACAAUACCAGACCACUUGAAUUUGAAGAUGAAGAGCUUGGAACAUAUGAGGAUUCGGCUAGAUGAUAUAGUGACGGCCACAGAAAAUUUUGCGGGAAAAUAUUGCAUCGUGUCUGGUGGAUUUGGUUCAGUGUACAUAGCAGAGCUUGACCAUGUGGAUAAAGCAUAUUGUUUUGCGAUUGGAAAAGAGAUUGAACGUGAGGUACCUAAGAAACGUGGCACAGUAGCUAUUAAAUGCAUCAUUGAUACAGAAGAUGAGAUAGCAGAACAAGGAUUUUAUGCAGAAAUUAAAAUGCUUACUAGUUGUAAGCAUUCCAACAUAAUUACUCUACUUGGAUUUUGUGACGAAGGUGGUAAAAUGAUCCUAAUCUAUGAGUAUGCUUCUAAUGGGAGUCUCAAUUAUUAUUUACAAAAAAUGAAUAACAAUCCUGAUGACAGUUGGGCGCAUCGAUUGAAAAUUUGCCUUGAUGUUGCUAAGGGAUUAAGUUUCCUUCACACUAACGAGGGAGAACUACAAGAGAUAGUGCACCGUGACAUCAAAAGUGCCAACAUUCUGUUGGACGAAAAUUUUAAAGCAAAGAUUGGUGACUUUGGGCUCUCCAUAUUCCUCUCUGUCAGUGAAGAGCAUCACACUCCGUAUUCUAGUAUAAUUGUAGGCACACCGGGGUACAUGGAUCCACAAUAUAGCAAAAAUGCUAAAUUGAAAAAAGAAUUAGAUGUUUACAGUUUUGGAGUACUCAUGCUUGAGAUCUUAUGUGGGACAGUAGCCUAUGAUCCAAAAUUCACUAAUAACAAGGGGCUCGCACUCUUAGCGCGACAACACUUCAAUAAGGGAACAAUUAAGGAAAUGGUAGACCAUAAAAUAAUUAAAGAGAUUACUGAAACCCUCUUUACUUCUGUUGAAGGUCCUGAUCAAGAGUCUUUGGACACCUUUUCCAAAAUUGCUUUUAAAUGUUUGGCAGAAGCACAAGUCGAGCGUCCAACUAUGGAAAUUGUUGUAAAGGAACUUGAGAAAGCCCAAUACUUGCAGGAAAACCGCAAAGACGUAUUACAAAUUUCACUUAAAGACAUACAGUUAGCCACAAAUAACUUUAAUUGUGAGAAUUUCAUUGGAUCCAGUGGAUUUUCGAAGGUAUAUAGGGGAGAAGUUUUACAUCCUAAUGGACAAACCACCAGAAUAGUUGUGAAGCGGUUUUUACAUCAGGGUAAUGACAUAUAUUAUGAUUUCGCCAACGAGCUUACAAUUUUAGUGGAGCACCAACAUGAGAAUGUCAUUGCUCUCUUUGGUUAUUGUGAGGAAGGAGAAGAAAGAAUCGCUGUUUAUGAGUAUAUGUCGAAUGGAAGUCUUGACAAGCAUUUGGAUAAUGCUAGUCUUACAUGGGGUAAACGUCUUAAGAUAGCUAUUGACAUUGCAAGUGGUUUGGAUUUUCUUCAUGGAGGUUUCGUAACAGGAAAGGUGGUGAUCCAUCGAGACAUCCGAAGCAGAAACAUUCUACUUGAUGGAGAAAUGCGUGCAAAAAUUGCUACGUUUGGGUUUUCCAAAAGGCAUUCAAUAGAACAGAAAACCGUUAUCUUUCCUGCUAUUGGCGCCACAUUGACUUACGUGGACCCAGAAUACGAGAGGGCAGGUGUGUUAAGCAAAGAAUGCGAUAUAUAUGCAUUUGGUAUUGUUUUAUUUGAGAUCAUGUUCCGGAGUUUGGCAUACUCCAAAAAGUUCGAGAAAUACGAUUUUCUAGGCACUUUGAUUAAACGCCUGUAUAAAGAAGGAAAACUCGAUAACAUGGUGUUUGAGGGUACAAAUGAACAAAUUGCUUCACAAUCGCUCAGUAUUUUUCGACGGGUAGCCAUUCAAUGCUUACAUGAAAACAGAGAAGAAAGGCCAACGGCAGGUCAAGUGAUAAUCCAACUUAAGAACGCGUUACAAAUUCAAGUUUCUGUGAUCCGGGGUACACACUCUGACUAUAGCUCACUUCACUGCUUGGAAGUUCUUUGUUGUUUCCUAAAAAUGGCGAACAACAAUCUGACGACGAUGGUGCAAAGCCUCAAGCACAAUGCUGAGGUAGGAAGUAACGACAAACCUCCUUUGUUGAUCAACGAACUUGAUUUUCCUGAGUGGAAGGAGCGUUUCGAAAGGUAUGUUCGAGCAAAAGACAUCAAAAUCUGGUUGUGCAUCGUUAAAGGAUGUGGUGCUACUCCGGUACGUACGUUGACGAUUGAUACGUAUUUGGCACUCACUGAUGAUCAGAAAAAGUUUUAUGACUGUGAAGAGAAAGCUAUGUCAAUGAUAACGAUGGCAAUGACACAAUCUAUACUUCAUACGUUCCGUAAGAGAAAUAGCUCAAAGGAAUUGUGGGAUAGUAUGAUCCAGCGAUAUGAAGGAAACGAAAUGUACAAGAAACGACGUCUCGAACGUUUGAAGACUCAAUUCGUUGUGUUCAAGGCUUUGAAGAAUGAAUCAUUUGAUGACACAGUGAAUCGAUUUUAUCAUCUGCUGAGCGAACUUGAUAGAAGUAAAGAGGGUAUCUACACUGAAUUCGAGAAGGUUGAGAAGUUUCUGAAUUGUCUUUCGAGAGAAUGGAAUAUGUACACCGCUUUGAUCAGAGAGGGUGUUCUCUACGAAGAGCUUACAUUGGAAGAAGUUGUUCAGAAGCUGAGGGGUUACGCUUGGAAUAUGGAAGAUCAAGCAUCUGAAUUCGAGAAGAUCCAAGAUCCUCAGUUGUAUAAGGCUUCGAAACCAACGGAUAAGGGUAGUAAUGGUGGAGUCGGUGUUGCUUUGUACUCGGAAAAUGAAGGUCCUGCAAGUGAACACACCUUCAUAAGCAACAAUGUCAGUUCAAGUGGAACAACCAAUUCAAAUCAAGGGAUGUACUCUUCUAGUGGCGCUCAUAAAUCUCAAGGAACAAGUGUAAACAUUCCUAAGAUAGAUGCAAGCGGCUUGAAGUUGAUUGAAGAAAAUAUGGGUCUGUUGGCGUCCUUCAUGACUGCAUACGAGAACUUCUGUCUUGGGAAGCUCGUUGAACCGUCAAGUCUCGAUGAAGACUUCGAUCAGAUAGAUCAAGACGAGAUGGAAGAACUUGAUCUACAGCUCAAUAUGGCUCUGUUAGUCCGUAGAGCGAAGAAGUUUCUGCUGAAGACGGGUAGGAAGUUCAUAGGAGGUCAGACAAAGACUCGAAUGGGGGUCGACAUGUCAAAGGUAAAGUGUUACAACUGCGGGAUCUACGGGCAUUUCGCACGUGAUUGUCGAAAGCCGAAGAUGGAAAGAUCUGACAACAACUCCCGAGGAAACAACUCAAGACCUCAAAACAAUACAUCAAAUGCUACCUCCAACUCAAGUGCUCGUUCAAGUGGGUCUGAAAAUACCACAUCUUCGACAAACAAUGCUAUGGUGGCUCAACCUUUACAGAGUGUGACUGAGCCUUAUGACUGGGGUUGUGCUUUGGAAGACAUCUCAGGAGCUAUUGUGUCACAAGCUUUCAUAGCUGAAAUUGUGAACGAAGAAGUGUUUGAAGAGGUUGUUGAAGAGACAAGCAUUGAGGAGCUUGCAGUUGUAGCUGAAGUUCUUGGGGAAGAGUUGGAUUCGGGAAAUGUUACUGAGAAUGAAAGUCCUUCGAUCGAAGAGACUGUUGAGAAGCCUAGCAAGACAGAAGAUGGAGAAAAAGGAGAACGCUUUGAAUUCAACAUCUCCACAGCUGAAAUGCAGCAAUUUGCGGAUGCAGAAGCUAAAAGGUUGGAAGAAAAUUCCGUAGAAAAUGAGGCUUGUGCAUUCAUGGCUGGCAUUGAGGAAAAAGGCUUGGGCAUUGUUAGAAUUCCAUUUGAAGACAUAAAAUAUGCCACAAAUAAUUUCAGUAAUGAGAAGUGCAUUGCAACAGAAAGACAUGGAAAGGUAUACAAAGGACAACUUCCACAUGCUAAUGGACAUGAAAUCAUUGCUGCAAAGAGGUGGGAUAGGAUUCACGGUCAAGAAUAUGCCGAAUUUCAUCGAGAGCUAGAAAUUCUUUUCAAGUUUAAACACAGGAAUGUCAUUCAUUUGGAAGGCUAUUGUGAUGAGAUGGAUGAAAAAAUCACAGUUUAUGAGUAUGCGUUUAAUGGAAGUCUUGAUAAGUGGUUGGACAACAUAAGUCUUACAUGGACGAAACGGCUUGAGAUAUGCAUUGGUGUUGCAAGUGGGUUGGAUUUUCUUCAUGGAGAUGUUCUAAGACAAGAGACCGUGAUACAUAGGGGCCUCACAACUAGUAACAUUCUACUAAGUAUUGAUUGGGAAGCAAAAAUUACUGAUUUUGGGUUUUCCUUGAUAAGUCCAAAUAAUCAAGAUAUCGACUACGUCUUCGAGGAGAAACCUGCCGGUGGUAGUCAGGGCUACAUUGACCCAACAUACGAGGAAACGAGUACAAUAAGCAAAGCAUCUGAUAUAUACUCAUUUGGUGUGGUUUUAUUUGAGAUAUUGUGUGGCAAAUUGGUGUAUUCAACUAGUUACCAUGGUAUUAACCAACAGUAUCUAGGUCCUUUGGCUAAAAACUACUACGAACAAAGAAAACUUGAUGAGUUGGUGUUUGAGGGUAUAAAGGAACAAAUUGUGCCACAAUCAUUGUCUACAUUUGCAGAUAUUGCCUAUAAAUGCUUACAUGAUGAACGACAUCUGCGGCCAACAGCAGGUCAGGUGGUUAAACAGCUCAAGGAAGCGUUGGAAUUCCAAGUGGAUUUUGAAACAUGGGAGCCCAAACUGCCUAGCGACUACAAAGCAAUAAUCCAACAGUCACGAACCCCUGAGAUCUACACUACCAAAAAGAAAAAAGAUCUUUAUGACAUGCUCUGUGAAGGAAUCCUCAUUCAAAAAGGAAAAGUGUGGUUUUGGUUGGACAGUAAUAACAACAGCAAUGAGAUGGUAUCAGCAACCUUGUUUACAUAUAAAAAUCAGAGUUCACAAAAGUGGAGACGUAUCCACAAAUCAAGGUUCCAGAGAGUGCCGAUGAUGAUGGAUAUUUCAAAUCUAAAGAUUCAAACCCAGAUAAAGGCUCAAUUUUUAACUCCAAGUAUCACUUAUGGGGUUUAUCUGGUCUUCAAAUUUGGUGAACCAAACCAAAUUUCAGGUGAACAAAUGUAUGUCAACUUGAUGUACAAAAGGAAGGAUGAAACCUUCCAUGCAUAUUUUGCAACAUGGAGAGACGAGAAGUGGUUGAUGAUUGAAUUGUACCGGUUCUUGAAUACUGAGGACGCCGGUGAUUUUGAGGUUUUUCUAGAGAGUUUUUCACAAUAUUAUUGCAGAAGUCGUGCCAUCUACAUUGAAGGCAUUGAGUUUCGAGCCAUUGACAAUGUGACUCAUAAAAAAAUCGAGAAAUUAAAGGAUGUCCAGCAAACCAUGAGAUCAAACGUGAACAUGGGUCAGAUUCAACAUCUACCAACUGACUAUGAUGAAAGUUACGAGUUCUCCGAAACAUAUGAUGAGGGUGCAAAGUUGUUCCAGCUAGGUGAAAUGAGCAGAAAGAAACAUCUUAUGCUUUCUGCAAAGGAGGUUAUGUAUGACUCUUCCAUGAAGCCUUUCAAAUCAAAACCCUCGGAACAGUCGAGUUUUCAGGAGGUGAUUGAGGUGCUAUCACAACAAGUAUUUCGUCUCAAGUGCAAGAUUGAAAGUCGAACAUUGUCACCAGAUACAGAUUAUAGGUGUUACCUAAUAUUCAAGCUUUCAGAAAAAUGUUUUGGCCUGCAUUGUCCUGUGAAAGUACGAGAUCUACUCCACCGAAGUAACAAAAAGACUAAAGCUUUUUAUUUUAGAACCCCGAAAGCAUGGAAUAUACAUGAUAUCAACCAGGUCCCACAAAAAAGGGAAGAUGGAUGGAUGGAGGUCAAUGUGUGGAAGUUUAACUCAAGGGAUGGGCCUAGAAAUGGUUGCAUUCAUGUAAAUUUGAAAGUUAUAAGUUACGAAGGAACAAUGUCUGGCCUUAUUGUAUGUGGCCUCGAGUUUCGGCCAAUGUAAUCAUAAGAAUAGUAUAUAUUUCAGCCACGUUGUGUUCUUAAUGUUAAUAUUUUUGUAACUUAGGGUGUAUGUGCCUCCUGAUGAAAACCUUACAAAGCAGUUGCUUUGUCAAAGUGUAUGUAUUAAUUUUAUGCGAUGA